UAUUAAAGAUGUUUCAAUAAUUAUUGUGUUUGGCAGCUCUGUGCAAAAAUCGUUUUCCCAAUUAUUAUUGAUUUGGGUAAGGAGUUUUAAAAAUUAAAUUUGCUAUGACUUCUAAAAAAAUAGAGGAGGGUCAAGAAUUAGUUCGACAAGCAGAAAAAAGUUUAAAGGUUGGAUUAUUGAAGUGGAGACCCGAUUAUGACGUAGCUGCAGAUGAAUACACAAAAGCGGCUACCGCCUUUCGUAUAGCUAAGUCUUUUGAACAAAGCAAAGAGUGCUUAGUGAAAGCAAUUGAUUGUCAUAAAAAUAAUCGAUCUUGGUUUCAUGCUGCAAAAUGUUACGAACAGAUAAUUUUGAUAUUGAAAGAAACCAACAAUUUACUCGAAAUAGAGGAAAAUGUAAAUAAAGCAUGCAAUCUUUAUCAGCAACAUGGAUCGCCAGAAGCUGCUGCAACCGCAUUAGACAAAUCUGCUAAAAUUGUAGAGCAAAAGCAUCCUGAACUUGCUUUGACCUUUUAUAAGCAUGCUUUGGAAGUUGUAAUGUUAGACGACUCCACACGACAUGCUGCUGAGUAUGCAUCAAAAAUUUCACGAAUUUUGGUAAAAUUAAAUAAAUAUGACCAGGCCGCAGAUGCUAUAAGAAGGGAAAUCGGGUUAAAUCAACAAACAGAGUCUUAUGGUCAAAUUGGUCGAUUAGCUGUAGCCCUGGUUUUGGUUCAACUUGCUCGAGGAGAUUUUGUUGCAGCGGAGAAAGCAUUUAAGGAAUGGGGUAAUUGUUGUGAUUCGGAUGAAGUUCAAACAUUAGAACUUCUUCUGCAAGCAUUUGAUGAUGAAGAUCCAGAGUCUGCUAAACGAGCUUUAGCUGCUCCUUUUAUACGACACAUGGAUGUUGAGUACAGUAUUCUCGCUCGCGAUAUACCAUUACCACAUGGCUUAGCAACUACGUCAAAAGCCGACGUGAUCAAGGAUGCUGCGCCUUCUUAUAUGUCUCCAAAUACCGAGCAAGUGGACGAUGGAUCAACAAAGCCUAGUGUACCUAACCAUGAUGAAGAUGAAGAAGAGGAAGGAUUGUGUUAGUCAUUAUUAUUAACUAGUUUUAUCGCAGAAGCUAAUGUUUGUUUUGGUAUUUAAUAAGGUUAAUAAAAGUUUACUCCCUUAAAGAAAAUAA